AUGCGGUCUCUGUACCUGCUAUCGUAAGAAAAAACUGUUUCACUGUGAAUUUGUGAUGCAUAGAAUGGAACGCAGAACUAUUUGUCUUGCUACACCUGCAAGACAUUGGAUUUCUAAGCGUGUUUUCCCUUGGGAAGCGCGCAUGGCAAAUUUUCGGUGUCAUGCGUAGCAAACUUGUGAUGCGGAUUCUGCAAAACCAUCACAGUGAAGCAGUCUUUUCGUGGGAUACCUGCUCCUCUUCGAGUGCGGUCGAGGUCAUUUCUCUUCCUCUAUCCUGAGUAAAAACGUCCCCACCCCAUAGCUGUCAUGCAGAUUUGCGAUUACAGGAAGAUUUGUAAUGCGCAUCUCCACGAGAGGCAUUUCCAAAUCCAAUCGCGUUUUGGAAUUUGUAAUGCCGGAAAAAGGGUGAGCAGAUGGAGUUGCGAUGCGGCUGCACUUGCUAAACUGCACUACGCUACGGACUGGAAUUUGUCAUGCGUUGCUCCCAAGGCUUCUGGGUUUGUGUCGCUAAGCUCCCAACAACUUGACUCUGGUGUGGGGACGUUUUUACAAAUGAUACCUUCCUCGGUAACUUCAUCAUCGACUAGUUUUUCGUUCGACUGCCUUCGCGAUUGCACACCCACGGUCACUCCCGAGCUAUGAGACAGAGUGCACAACUCCCCCUCCCCCUCAUUGUCAUUUGUAUGGCAUGAUUGAACAGCAACACAAGCAACAGCAGAGAGCGGGCUUUCGCAUGCCAAAUCUGCGUGCGGGUUGUAUUUCUAUUUGAGGAGGUUCUAAAAUUUGUGAUGCUAGCAGUGCUUACGAGCAAGGUGUGAGUUUGGUACUUUGCAUUACAAAUGAGGGGGAAGCGGGAAUUGUGGACUCUCAUACGAGCACCGGUAUUUCAACAAGAACUUCGUCCUAUCCUGUGCAAAAGUAUCGUACUCGUAUUGCCAUCAUGCAUUACAAAUCUUCUUUUUAAGGCAAAUCCGCAUUACAAAUUUUAUUUCUCAUGCUGAGGAAAUUUGUAAUGCAUUUAUACGAGUGCGAUACUUUUGCAGUUCAUACGUCCGGACCAAGACCGAGCCCGCGGCUGUGAAAUGCGGGGUAUGCAUCGCAAAUAUGUCUUCAUCUGGGUCCUCUUGGUGGAUGCAUGCAAUAAACUCAACAUCACACAAAAAUUUCUCAUGCAUAGACGGCACAGUAAGGGGGGCACCUCCAUUUCUUGAUGCCAGCGAGAGGGGAUGACCUGCAUUGAGUCACCUGUUCAAAACCUGUAGCGCUAGAGCUCGAAUGCCAGAUUUUUUGGGCCAUAGAGAGACAACACGACAAAAACCCGCAAUACCAUCGAGAACCAGAGGGACAUAUUUUCGUUUGAUACGGAGCGAGGACCUACCACACUGCUAGUCCGGAUUUUGCCGGGGACCGCAGCUGUGCGACACGCUGUGCGGUGGCAGAGAAUCAGGCGCAGUGUGAAGAUGGGGCAACCAGACAACGAACUGGUUUUGCGAGUAGUCACGGCGCGUCUACAACAACUCUGAUGUUGCAAGAGAAGUCCGCCAGCAUUUCCUCACCCGCGCCAAGAACGGUGAGGACGAUAAGCAAGGCGAACUUUCGAAGGUUUUUCCGCCAAAACAAUAAAUCUCGCGAACAACAAGAUACUAGUCCUAGCAGCAGAAGCCUCGUCGUCGCGAAAAAUGCGAUCAGCAUGGCCGGUGCGGCUGCGGGAGCCAAUUAUUUCUUGAAAAAAGCCUGCCCGCAACCGCGGGCCUGCGGCUGCACCUGUGUGUGCCCGGAACUGGUGUACGUGCCCCCGCCGAACGCCAUCCGCCAAACCAGUUUUCUCGAAGAAAAAGCUACGACGGCGAAAAAUGCGAAAGCGAACACGAAACCCUGCGUCGGAGCGGAGUGCGGGCCGGAAGGCUGUCCCGACGUAGCGCCCUGCAAUUGCUACUGCAGCUGCCGCGGAAAGGUGCCGAUGAAGCCGUGACGAAGGGAAGUAGAAAGGCGAAACAAGCGAAAGUGGCGAAACUUUUGAAUGCAGUUCGUAGGAAGUAGGGAGAAUGAGAAAGACGAACGAGCAACCUGAUCUUAGGGGUCUCGGUGUGCGACGUUGAGACAAAGGUGAAGAUGACUGACUGACUCUUAUUUUUUCCCGCAUUUGAUCAUUAUGUGUAGAUUCUUCAUCGGAAUCCGCAAACAAAUGUUGAACCUAGCAGAAUAACUAGCAGAAUCCAAAUAGAUUUGAAAUUUCCAAACCGAGGGGUAGGCCGGCGCGCGCUGGCCUGAGCGGC